CACCAAACGACCUUUACUAUUGGAUGAGCACCGGACGCGGUUCCCAGGGAAACACAUCAUCAAACGUUUGGCGAAACGUCGUCAACACGCUUCAAACGACCUGAAACCUUUACUUCGACACGAUUUCUCGAAGCGAAGUCACGUGCCAAGAAGGUUGACUUGAACACGGCGGAAAAAGCGAAAAAGAUGAGUCGUAACCUGAGCCGGAGUCAGCAGUAUCGGCUCGUGGAACAGCGGCGUGCCCUCGAGGAGCAGAAGCAGCUGGAGGCCCUGCGAGUGGACCGCGACCGGAAAAUGGUGGCCGCCAUGAAGGAGGAGGACAACGUGGACAGGAAGAGGUUCUUACGACAGGUGCAAGAAGAGCUGAAAGAGAGAGAGAUAGAGAGCGCCAUGGUACAGGCCCACAGCGAGAAAAUGUUGAGGGAGAAGCAGCUCGUCCAAGAGGAGAAGCUGGCUAAAGAGCUGGCCCGCAUCAACCAUGACAGGCAAAGAGAAGGCAAAAUUCGGCAGUAUAUUCGAGAGAACAGCAUUGAGCUUCGAGAAUUGGAGUCAAAGUUGAAAUUGGCCUACGUGAGCAAGGAGCAAGCGGCACAGAUGGCGGAGCACGACGCUAUCAAGUGUGAGACAAUGCGUGAAGAGGCAGAGCUCUACAGCAAGAUGAAGAGCGACUUUGACCGGGCGACCCUGGAAGAGGAGAAGCUGGAGCAGCAGAAACAAGAGGAACAGCUCCAGUACCAGCACGAGCUCAGCCUGCAGCUCAUCGAACGGGAGCACAAGAGACAAGGGGCCUACGACGACUUCCUCAAGGAGAAGCUCAUGGUGGAUGAGAUCGUGCGCAAGAUUUACGAAGAGGAUCGGAUGGAGCGACAAAAGAAGCUGGAGAGGGUGCGUGCCACCCAGAAGCACAUCGAGGACUUCCAGACGCAGCGGGCCGAGUGGCAGCGUUUGGAGAAAGAAAGGAUGGAGGAGGAGAACAGACGCAUCAGGGAGUUCGCAAGCCAGCAGAAGAAGUCGCAGCAGGACAGGACGGCAAAGAUCAGAGCGCGAGAAGAAGCGAUACAGCGGCUCAGAGAUACGCUCGCGGAGAAAAUGGCCGAGGAGAGGCGACAGCGGGACGAGAUGGAGAGAAUUCGCCAGGAUCUUUGCCUCGAGGAACAAGAAGAAGCCUUUAGAAGGAAAGAUAUAGAAGACAUGGAGAGGAACAUCAGACAGAGGCUGAUGAUGCAGAGGACCUGCCAGGAGCAGAUGGCUAUGAAGGAGACGCGUCGGCAGGCGGAGAAAGAGGAAGACGAGGCGUUCCGCAAAAUGACCAUGGACAAGUUCGCGGAGGACGACCGCAUCGAGCAGAUGAACGCCCAGAGGCGACGCAUGAAGAUGAUGGAGCACAAACGCGAGGUGGAGAAGCUGAUCGAGGACAGACGACGGCAGCACCAGGCCGACAGGGAUAUGAAGGCUCAAGAAGAAGCACUGGAGCAGGAGAGAGAGGCGCUGUGCAGACAGAUCAUCGAAGAGGAGAGACUGCAGCUUCUCCAACGGCACGCAACCAAACUUCUCGGGCACCUGCCAAAGGGUUUGCUUCGUGAAGACGACCUGAAGCAUUUUGAUGAAGACUUCAGGAAAAACUUCCAGACAAGCCAAGCAGAAAACGCUGAAAACCAUGGCGGAGACCAUUGAUUGGUGUUCUUUAUGGGUUGCUGUUUUUAGCCUCCUAUCACAAACGUCACAAACAGCCCUCGUGACUGAAUGCGAUCCCGCUUUCGUGGCCAAGCGCUCGUGAAUGGUUCCGCACGCACACGCGCCACGGAUGACAUCGAAUACGAGAUCUGUAACGGGCUGAUACCGGCCGUACGCAACCAAAGAAUCUUGACAUUCAAGUCCCCCUUGCCAGUAGUCGGCGCUCCACUGUGGCAGUUUAGACAUUGGCCAAUCACCACGUGCGUCAGAAAGAAAUGUUUGUUCGCAAUUACCUGUCGUUGUGGUCAUUGAAAGAAAUUUGAUGUCUCAAACGUACUAGUAUCAGUGAGUACUUGAGUGAACACUCGUACUGGUAUCAAACAUCCCCAAUUGUAGCGCCGAGUCCUCAAGGUUGACACCAGCGGAUGGAGUCAAUCCGAGAUCAUCGGUGAAUGAAUUAUGUCAGUCAUGGAAAAACACAAAUAAGACUUGAAGGGUGGGUCCACGGCAAUGGUUUUAAUGUCAUUUUUUUUUUUGGGGGAUC